AUGUCUGUUGGUGUUUUAAACGUUAAGAAUGAUGUUGUGUUAGAUUCCAGCAUUAAUGUAACUAUAGCUGAUCCUAAACGCUUUAUUUUAGUUGAUGAUAUGCUUAACGAUAUGUCUGCUAUUUCUAAUUCUGUGGCUAUUGAGAAUGCUUUACUUUCGAGACAGGAUUUUGAUCAAUUGGAAAAGAAUGGUGCGGAUGUUUCAAAUGAACAUUAUGAAGAAGGAGAAUUUGUGCCUCCUUCUAACUUAAAUGCUAAGUCUCCCACUAAGCAAGGUUUCUUAUCAAGUUUCUUGAUCAGAGCUCGACUGUCUACUAACAGCCCGUAUAUUUAUUUCAGUUUUGAUUGUACUCUUAGGGAAAGGAUCCACCGGCUCGUAGGUUUUUAUUUUUAUCUUGUAGCUCGUUCGAGCAUUAGUGAGCUGGAGGAACUUUUUAAGGACGAUGUAACCGGUUUUUGUUAUUAACGCGUAGGCCUCUACUGGUGGGUUUUAACCCAAAAA